UUCAAAAAUGUACAAUUUAACACGCGAAAUCUGUGGUUCAUGUACAACUGCAGUGUUUUUCUAAAUAAACCUUUUGUUUUUCUUCAUUUUAAAUUGUUAAAGCGUUACGUCAACACGCAGUAAAUUGUAAAUAAAUGCCAGAUAUUGGAAGUUAUUAUGGUUAAAGUAAUUGAGGGUUAGGUGUUAAAGGGUUAAAAUGCUGCCCUUUUGUUUUGUGGUGGCUCCAGUUGAGAUAAGGUUCAGUAAGGCAGUCUGAAGAAGGAGUGACCUUUGGUUGCUAAGCACAACCCACAUUUGAAGAAUGCUGGGCUUUCCAAAACCUCUGUACGGAUAUUUACAAAACAAAUCAACCGGAGCUGGAGCUGACGGCUGUUAAAACACCUACUCCUUAAGCCCUUUAUUGCACUAACUGCAUGUCCGUCAGCACUGGUGAACUGAAACCACUGCAGCUCAACACAGACUCACCUCUCUUCUGUGUUUACCUCUGCAGCCAUUUUACGGAAGUGAGCAGAGGUAGUAAUAAGACACCUGUGCUGCCAAGCUCUGCAGGUCUCCUCCCAGGAAGGGAGGAACCUGGAGGGAGGCGUCCUCAGACUGGGUCGACCAGUGAGACAUUUUUUGUCCCAACCUGGGGAGUUUGUUUUUUUCUCACAGUGGUUUCCCUGAGACAUGUAAAAACAGUCCUAUCCACACCAGAGGAGCAGUGCAGUCAUGGAGACCACGUAGAAGAAGGAUUUUAUGGAUUGCUGCUCUGCUUGUCGGGACAUUUGGAAAUGCUUUUGUGAGACGCGAGUGAACUCUGUUCUCCUGCUCUCCCAGGGGGAGAUUACAGGAUGACAUGCUUCCAGUCACUGAGCAGCUUGACCUCACUCGUGGCGUCAUGGGAGUUGCGCUCACACAGGGGAGAGUGCACUGUACUACUGUCAACAUGCAGGCUGUCGUAGUCUUUGUGUGACACGAGAAUCAAGAAUUUACACUUCACCCACCCUCCUAAAGAAGGAAAGAGGAGCUUGGGAGCUUUGUCCAUACAAAGGUCUUUUGUUCUCGGUCGACUCUACAGGUGGAAUAGGAGCAGCUUGGAAAACUGGAAGUGGGGAGAUGAACCUUUUGUGACGUUUUUAACGGACACUUGGCUGGAGAAACUAUCUGUUUUAGUUCUGCCUGACACAAAAUGGAUAGUGAAAGUAAUAAUGUUGGGGAGCUGGGGAAGCAGCCUGCUAGUUCCUUACUCAACGUCUUUGGCAGUUUCUUCACCCGAGACAGACCUGCCACUUCAGCUGUGCUGACGUCUUUCAGAGAACUGUCAAAUGGUGAGAAACCUCCUCCUGAGGGCGACCCAGCCACUAAUGGUGACAACACGCUAAAGGAGAAGCAGGAUUUGCCUCAGGAGGAUGUAGCGACUUCUUGUGACAAGGACAAGGACCCGGAUCUGGUCCAGGUCACCAGGGUGGAAACGUAUAGUGACACGGAAAAUGACGACGUGGAGACUUCUCAUAGUGGCGCCACCCUGAGACAGAUGCUCGCCAAGUCCAGGAAGCCCAGCCGACCCAAAGAAGACAACGAAGGGAACCACGGUGAAGGAGAAGCGCUGCGAAAUAAAAAUAAACUGCCUGUGUUCAGAACACACAAAAUUCAGGAGCCAUCCCCCAUAGAGGCCAUUCUCUACUCGGACAGGUUUGUUAACAAAGCUAGCUCUAAAAAAGGUCCAGGUACCAAACAAGGAGACGAGAGCACAGCCACAACUUCUGAGGAGCCAGAAGACGACAACAGUAGAAAGAAUGAUGAUGACGGUGACUAUGCUGGCAUAGAUUGCUCUCAGCCCGUUCCCUCCAUCCUAUCUGGAAGUCUUUCUGUGGAGCAUGAAGGUCAGAGUGGUGCCACAGCUUCUCCAUCGAGACAGACGGAGGAUGUGCGUCGUACACAGAAGGAGGAGACACUUCAGGAAAGGGGUGAGAAACCUCACUCCAGUCCUUCAAAGUCUCCUGAAGUGUCACCUCAAGCAUCCUUGAGUCCAGUGGAGAAAUCAGAUACUGCUGUGACUAAUUUACAUUUGAAGAAACCCACGUCACCAUUAUCUGUAUAUAAAGACCCCCUGGGUGGCUAUCGGCACAGUCCUUCAAAGCAAAUAACUAAUCUUAAGACACCUGAAAAAAACACACCACAGUCCUCUACCUCCUCUUCUUCCUCAUCCCCCUCCAAGGACGCGACCCUCUCCUCACCCCCUUCCUUCCAGAUGCCUGCUCUUUUCAGUGGGUUAAGGGUGCUGAAGAAAGGAGCGGUGGGUGAGGAAAGGGAGACGAUGUCUGAGAUCAAGCAGAGCGAGAAGGACGCUGACCUGGCCUUGCUCAACUUGAAGAAGACGGUAAACAAAGCCAAGCUGUUUCCUGAUCAGAGGACGGUCUCUCCAACCAAAAAACAUGCAGAGCCUAAACCUGCUUCAGAUACAAGAAGCACUGUAAUGGGGCAACUCAGUCACCUGCUUAAAACAGAGAGCCACAGUGAGGCCAAAAAGUCAGAGGGUGUGCAGGAUGCUUCUCCUAAACCAGGCAAGAAAGAUUCUGAGAAAGGUGAGGAGGAUACGGGAGAGAAAACUCCUGGCCCAGAGACUCCUACAUCCACACCUGACAAGAAGAAAACCUCAGACUUGGCUUAUGAAACCUUCAGGAACAUCUUUGGCCCUAAGACUGCCACAAAGGAGGAAGUAGAUCUAGAGGCGGUGAAAAAGAAAAUAAAGAACGACAAGGAAAAUCUGAGGUCAAUUUUCGAGCGAGCCUCCAAGUCUCCUGGCAACGAAGUCAAAAGUCCCACAGAGGAGAAUACGGAACUCACGUCUCCUACUGACAGUGAAGACCGCACUCCGGGGAGGCUGCAGGCUGUGUGGCCCCCACCCAGAUCUAAAGAUGAGGAGGAGAAGGUGGGGCUCAAGUACACCGAGGCGGAACACCAGGCCGCCCUCUUUCAGCUGAAGAGAGAGUGCAAGGAAGAGCUGGAGAAGAUGCAUUCCGAAUUUGAGCUCAAGGUCUUUCAGCUGCGCGGCGAGCACGCCGUCUCAGUGACACGCAUGGAGGGAGUCAUCGCCAACAUGAAAAGAGACAAGUCGUACGGUCCAGGUCAGGAGCGGCGCAGCGAGGUCCGUGACGUCGCUGUGUCCACCGACGAGGACCUGGCGCCUAAGACCUGGCGCACCGUGAGCAUCCAGACGGACAGGGAGACAUUUAUCAAAAGCCCCGAGGGCCACGUUCAAAGCCCCAACCAGAACGUGCCUAAGAAACUCAACUUGGAUUCUAUCGGCCUAAAUCCACCACCACCUCCUCCUCCUCCUCCACCACUCCCUCCAGGCCUUUCAGGACCACCACCUCCUCCUCCCCCUCCUCCUCCACCACUCCCGCCAGGCCUUUCAGGACCACCACCCCCUCCUCCUCCACCACUCCCGCCAGGCCUUUCAGGACCACCACCUCCUCCUCCUCUCCCUGGAUGCGGCCCGCCACCACCACCGCCUCCGCCUCCCCCUCCUGGCCUACCUGGUGCUGGUCCACCCCCUCCUCCCCCUCCUCCAGGCUGUGGCCCUCCACCUCCUCCCCCCAUGGGGGGGUUCGGCUUCGCGAAGGUGGUGGAGAAGGUCCCACGGAAGCCUGCCAUCGAGCCAGCCCAUCCCAUGAAACCUCUGUACUGGAGCAGGAUACAGAUCCAGGACAAGAACAAAAACACACUGUGGGGGUCUCUGGAGGAACCGAACAUCGUCAACGCCAACGAGUUUGAGGAUCUGUUCGCAAAGGCCGCGCAGCAGUCAAAGAAGAAACCCUUGUCGGACACCUAUGAGAAGAAAACCAAAACUAAGAAGAUAAUCAAGCUGUUGGAUGGGAAGCGUUCGCAAAACGUCGGCAUCCUCAUAUCGAGCCUGCAUCUGGAGAUGAAGGACAUCCAGCAAGCUGUUCUUACUGUGGACAACUCUGUGGUGGAUUUGGAGACGAUUGAAGCUUUGUAUGAAAAUAGAGCCACCAGUGACGAGAUGGAGAGGAUAGUGAAACAUUAUGAGACAGCGAAAGAAGAUGAAGUCAAACUGUUGGACAAACCUGAACAGUUCCUCUAUGAGCUCUCCCAGGUUCCUGACUUUGCGGACCGUGCCCGCUGCAUCAUUUUCCAGUCGGUGUUCCUCGAUACCAUCUCCUCCAUCCGUCGUAAGGUGGAUCUCAUCUCCAAUCUGUGCAAAGAGCUGCUGCAGUGCACCAGUCUGAAGGAUGUCAUUGGUCUCGUUCUGGCGUUUGGGAACUAUAUGAACGGCGGGAACAGGACAAGAGGUCAGGCGGACGGCUUUGGAUUGGAGAUCCUCCCCAAACUAAAGGACGUCAAGAGCAGGGACAAUCGCAUGAAUUUGAUAGAUUACGUGGUUUUAUACUACCUACGCAACUUUGACGAGCACGCUGGUACAGACAAGAGUGUGUUCCCUCUACCGGAGCCUCAGGACUUCUUCCAGGCUGCUCAGGUGAAGUUCGAAGACCUCACCAAGGACAUCAGGAAGCUGAAGAAAGACCUAACCGUUUGUGAGAAGGACGUGCAGAAGGUGUGCGCUAACUCGUCAGAAGAGCACCUUCAGCCCUUCCAGGAGAAGAUGGAGGGAUUUGUCUCUUCUGCUCAGAAGGAUCAUUCGGCCGAAGAGGACCGGCUCAAUUCGGCACAGAAAAGUUUCCAGGACAUGGUGAGCUACUUUGGCGUGAAGCCGAAAGCCGGGGACAAAGACGUGGCCCCCGGUUUCAUUUUCAUGCUCUGGUACGAGUUCUGCAACGACUUCAAGAACGCGUGGGUGCGGCAGAGCAAGAACAUCUCCAAGGAGAGAUUGAAGGAAGCUCAAGAAAACAUCAAGAAGAUCACAGCAGAGAAAAGAAUUGAAACCAAGAAGAUUAAUGCCAACAGUCUGAAAGAGAGGCUGCGGCAGAAAGAAGCCAGCGUGCCCUCCAGCUGAGAUGAGCAGGGACAAAGCAGCAGCAGCAGCAGCAGCAGCAGCAGCAGAAGAAGAAGAAAUGAAGAGUGGUGGAGAUGUGGAGGAGGAGUGUGCAGGCCUCAUCCCGCCGGCGUUUUGCCACCUGCCUCGUCGACUGGACCGGCGUCUUUGCUCCGUAUAAACUCACAAUAAAACAUUCUACUCCCGCUGUCGUAUUUCUGUGCUACUUACAGCACUGGUCCCCGUCCCCCCACCCGUCCCCCCCGUCCCACCCCUCCUCCGGUCUCUCUGCUAAAAGAAAACUCCUGCACAGAGGAUGCAUGGCUGACAGAGCCAAAGUGAUGAGAGUCUCAGAGGCUAAAGGUUGACCUCAUUCAUCCAGCGAGGCGUGCCCUCUGAGAGCCCGGCCUGUGAAAGGUCUCAGUGGGUCAGUGGAAUUCACAACAGUGCCAGCUGACACGAGAUUCCUUCUGGAUUGGAGAAUCCAGAUUUUUUUUUUUUUUUUUU